UCUUCUCUUUUUUCCUAUUAUGAUAUAUCUUUUUUUUUAAAUCUCCGUUAAGCCUAAAUUAAAAAAAAAUGCCAUUGAAAACCUUUGUUCGGGAGAUUGGAAAUAUAUCAAAGAAAAGUUCAGCGAGGGAGCAUAAGCUUAGGCGGGGACGAGCUCAUAUUGCUCCAGAAGCUUCUUCUUCUUCUACACCAGUUGGUUCUUCAACUGCAUUGAUUGAGCAAGGGCAAUGGGCAAAUUUGCCUCCGGAAUUACUUUUAGAUAUAAUACAAAGAGUGGAAGCUAGGGAAAAAUGUUGGCCAGGGAGGAGAGAUGUUGUUGCUUGUGCUUCAGUUUGUAGGUCAUGGAGGGAAAUUACUAAAGAGAUUGUCAAAACACCUGAACAAUGUGGCUUCUUAACCUUCCCCAUCUCUUUAAAGCAGCCUGGACCAAGGGAUACUCCGAUUCAAUGCUUUAUUAGGAGGGAAAGGGCAACUUCAACAUAUAGAUUGUAUAUGGGUCUCAGUCCUGCUCUGUCUGGUGAUUUGAGUAAACUGUUACUGGCAGCAAAAAAAGUCAGAAGGGCUACCAGCACUGAUUUUGUGAUAUCUUUAGUUGGGGAUGAUUUCUCUAGAUCAAGCAAUAAUUAUGUUGGAAAGCUCAGGUCUAAUUUCUUGGGAACCAAGUUCAACAUUUUUGACAGUCAACCUCCUCCUGGCUCUAAUGUUCAAUCCAGUUGUCAAUCACGUCGGAAAACUCAUUUGAAGCAGGUGCUUCCAAGUGUCCCUAUGAGUAACUAUAACACGGCCAACAUAUCUUAUGAGCUCAAUGUUCUUCGCACCAGAGGUCCAAGGAGAAUGCAGUGUAUUAUGCAUUCCAUCCCCAUAUCUGCGAUUGAAGAGGGAGGAAUUGCUCCUACUCCAAUGGCAUUCACAAAUUGCCUUGAUGAGGAUUCUUCUCCAUUGAUAGAUUCAGAAGGAAAAAAGCCACAAGUUGGAUUCAACUCAACUGGCUAUGGUAGAUCUCCGAAAUCAGUGCAAACUGCACCCUUAGUUUUGAAAAAUAAAGCUCCUAGAUGGCAUGAACAGUUGCAGUGUUGGUGUCUAAAUUUUAAAGGACGAGUUACAGUGGCUUCUGUUAAGAAUUUCCAGUUGGUGGCUGCUGUGGAGCCCAGCCAAAAUGUUACAGUAACGGAACAAGAAAAAGUGAUUCUACAAUUCGGGAAGAUUGGUAAGGACAUUUUCACCAUGGAUUAUCAUUACCCACUCUCUGCCUUCCAAGCCUUUGCAAUCUGCUUAAGCAGUUUUGACACUAAACCUGUUUGUGAAUAACAAUUCUCUUGUUCCCUUUGCUA